CAAGUUUACAACUCUGUACACGUGCGGCUGAUGGAGCAGGGCUCGCGGUGGCAUCCUUCACAGAGCGAGGAUCGGACAGGAGCUCGUCACCUGCGAGCGCAGAGCGGUGUACACCUGUCCGAGGGCGCCUGUGGGCCUGUUGUUCCGCCUAUUUACAGUCAGUUUGGGCUUCCUCACCUGUGCGCAGCAGGUAUCGUUUGCCACUUUUUGUUUGUGGAGGAGAGAGAGGUGUUAUCCACAGUGCACUGUGGAUGGAGACUCAUUCCUCCGUUUCUUCAUGGCAAGAAGACCCCAUAAUGUGUGCCUAGCAUGGCUGUGGCUCCCCUACCGACCACCCAGGGACCGGUAUGGCUUUUAGCCGCAUCAGUAAACUGGACCCCCCGUCCCGAAGCAUCUUCAGGAAAGCGGCGGUCAUGCUGUGCUCCCUCCUCACCUCUCUCUUCCUCCUGCACUGCCUCACCGACUGCAGCAGCACCAGCGGCGGCAGCUCAUCCUCACCGCUCAGAGCGUCCUCCGGCCGGCCUGUGGGGCUAUUCGAGGACUUGAGGUCGCAGAGGACUAAAAGACUCGUGUACGAAUGGACCGCCGGGUCGGAGUCGACGGGUUACGGGGCCGCCAUUCGCUCCUCGCGGGUCCUCGCGGAUGAGCGCGCGGGGCAGGUUUUGGAGCAGCGCGAGGAGCCCCUCAUCUUGCCGCCUCCGGAUUUAGUUGCCUCCAGGAAAGUGUCGCCGAGGUUUGCAGGUAAACUCAGCCCGCUCGGGGAAGGGAGCAAGAAGCUGCCCCAGGCUCUCAUCAUCGGGGUGAAGAAAGGAGGCACCCGGGCUCUGCUGGAGUUUCUCCGGGUUCAUCCGGACAUCAGAGCCGUGGGAGCGGAGCCGCACUUCUUCGACCGCAACUAUGAGAACGGACUGGAGUGGUACAGAGAGCUGAUGCCCAAGACCCUGGAGGGCCAGAUCACCAUGGAGAAAACCCCUAGUUACUUUGUGACCAGAGAGGCUCCAGCCAGGAUAUCCGCCAUGUCCCGUGACACCAAGCUGAUCGUGGUUGUGAGGGACCCUGUUACCAGGGCCAUCUCCGACUACACACAGACUCUGUCUAAGAAGCCUGACAUUCCCUCUUUCGAGAGCCUCACCUUCAAAAACAGGACUACGGGCCUCAUCGACACCUCGUGGAGCGCCAUCCAGAUCGGCAUCUACGCCAAGCACCUGGACAACUGGCUGCAGUACUUCCCCAUGGGCCAGAUCCUGUUUGUGAGCGGCGAGCGUCUGAUCAGCGACCCGGCCGGAGAGCUGGGCCGAGUGCAGGACUUCCUGGGGCUCAAGAGGAUCAUCACAGACAAACACUUUUACUUCAACCAGACCAAGGGUUUCCCGUGCCUCAAGAAGGCAGAGGGCAGCAGCAAGCCCCACUGCCUGGGCAAAACCAAAGGGCGGACCCAUCCGAACAUUGACCCUGAGGUGGUGCAGAGGCUACGGGAUUUCUACAGGCCCUUCAACAUGAAGUUCUACCAGAUGACAGGACGUUUCUUUGGUUGGGAUGAAUGAAUGUGUUUUUGUCUUUUGUCUGAAUACUGCAACGGAGUAAUGAGUACUCCAGGUGGGGGAAAAAAAUUGAUUUUGAGAAUAAAUUUUUAAUAGUCCAAGGAAAGUUGUAACGUUAGACAAAGAAGUCUAACUUUUAAAUAAUGAUGCUGAAAAAAUUUGGAAAAAUAGUCAGUUAUGUUAAGUCAAGCAAUGCUUAAAUGUGCAUAUUUAAUGUAAUCCAGCCUAAGUAAUUACAUUAAUUAAUUAACAUUUUGGCUGUUCUAUUUAUUGUUAUAUUUGUCACAUUAUGACAUUUUUUUCUAGCAGUGAGGUUUUAUUUUAACUAUGGUAACAUCAACAUUAACAAUAUAAUUCUCAUCAUCACGAUUGUAUUCUAAGAACUAUUUAAACACAAAUUUUACAGGACAAGAAUCGGCUUAUUCUCAAAAUGUCAAGAGUUUUGCCAAAAUAUCAGAAAUAUUCUCACAACAUGAUUUUAUUCUUCGAACGUUACAACUUUUCAAAAUAUUUGGAAUUUAUUCUCAGAAUCUUAUGUCUUUUCCCUGAGCAGAGCUCCUGUCACUCCGUCCUCAGCACUAACGCUAAGCAAUAUGAGGCUGUUACAGGAGCAGAAGAGGCCCAGUCUCCCCUCAGUGGCAGACCCAGAUAUGCAAUAUUUCACAGACACAUUUUCCAUCAUCACAGCUGCCUCUAAUCCACAAUCAUGGAGAUAUUUUCUUCAAAAAAGCAUACUGAGUUGUUGAAGGAUUUGCGUCAUAUCUCCCUGCACUAUCUGAAGAUUUGUUGUUUUUUUUUUUGUUUUUUUUUAGUUUUAAAACUUUGGCUGUGAACAAAAACUGUAUGCAGGAAGAUGGAUGAGGUCACAUUGUGUCCAGGGACUUUGGAUAAAAGCCUUUAUCGAGUGAUUUAAUGCCAUAUUUUAACACAUACAUAGCUGCUUUCAAAAUUUAACAUUUUUCUAGCAAAAGGAAUAUGGAAAGAAAGUAUAAAAAGUAUAUGUAUUUUUGAAAUGUAUUUAUUCAAGAAGUACACAAGCAGUAUGUAUGUAUUUUAGUAACUCCUCAGUGAUUAUUUGCUCGAUUAUUUUUAUUCGGUCAUGCCUUUAGAGGUUUGUUUCUUUUAUACUGAACACUUAAAAAAAAAUCCUCAUUUUAAUUUACUGUAUAUUUACUCUCAUUUUAAUUUCAGGUCAUCUGUUCUAAUAUGUGCUUCCCGUUCGAGGACGAUCACUUGUCUCCACUUUCAUUUGCAGAACUGUGAGUUUGUUAGUUCAGGGGCCGUCGUCUCCACCUCCAGUUAAUGAAGUUCCAGGCAAAGAUAAAACUCACUGUUAUUCAAGCUACAGCGACUUUGGUGGAGGGAAAAGACCUCCGAAGGGCCUUCCCAAUCUGUGACUCAAAUUUCCUCAACAUGCCUCCUUGUGAACUGAAUACACUUGAUGUCACUGGCCUUCCUUGCCUCGAGGCGACGUGUGUGUGUGUGUGUGUGCGUGUGUGUGUGUGAGAGAGUCUCUUUAAACCCAGGGAGCAUGAGAACAAUGGCUGAGUUGUGUUCCUGAUUUCUGUCUACUUGUAUUGUGAGCCACUUUCUGAAAGCAGAUGUGCCUCAAAAGACACAAAAUCAACAGUGUUUUUUGGUGUGAGCAGGAAAAGAAAAGACGUUAAUAUACUGUAGAUUUUGGGGGGUGACGUCGUGUUAACAGUCUAACCGUGUUGUUCCGACUGCUGUUUUCUAAAAGUUGUUGGGGUUUUUAAAGACACUCCUUGAAUAAAAGAUGUUAUAUGUUAUUC